CCAUUCUUUUUUUUUACUGACGAGAGGCAGAGCGGAAAGGUUCAAGUUUUGAAGAAGAGCAACUACGAGUCUUACUGUCUGACCUACUCACAGCUGGAACAGAGACCACGUCAGGGACACUUCAGUGGGGAUUGCUCUAUUUGAUGGCCUUCCCAGAGAUCCAAGAGAAAUGCCAGAAGGAAAUAGACACUGUUCUGGAAAACAAUGCAAGCCUGAAGUAUGAAGAUCGAGGAAAGUUGCCCUACACAAACGCCGUCAUUCACGAAAUCCAACGCAUUUCAAGUAUUGUUCCUCUUGGAGUAGGCCAUACAUCCAUUAAAGAUGUACAGCUUUUUGGAUACCAAAUUCCCAAGGGCACGGCGGUUUUUGUCAACAUCCAUUCUGUCCUUUGUGAUGAAUCUCAGUGGAAGUUCCCAAAUGAGUUCAACCCCUCCAACUUCCUGAAUGACAAGGGAGGGUUUGUGAAGCCAGAAGCCUUUUUGCCAUUUUCAGCAGGGCCCAGAGUCUGCUUAGGGGAGAACCUGGCCCGGAUGGAGCUCUUCCUCUUCUUCACCAGCAUUCUAAGCAACUUCCAGCUAUUGUGGCCAGAUAAAUCCCAAGCACCAGAUUUUACACCACACUUUGCGGUCACACAAUCCCCCUCCCCCUUCAAGGUGUCCCUGAAAUGUCGCCAGCCAAGUGAACAGGUCUAAGUGAGGAUCUGCAAGAGGAUUGAUCCAAGACAACCUCCUCUCCAACAGCCAGCGGCCUUCCCUACUUCCAAUUCACCACUUAAGAUCUUUCUUACAAAUGUAAAUAAAAUGCUAUCUUAUGCGAAAUCA